AUAAAGUGGCGUUUACGUGCGGUAAGAGGAAAUAGAAUCAAAACAACGGCAUUGUUUCUUGAAUGGUUUGUUAGGCUGUUUCCAUAACAGAUGGAUACCUCAACUUAUGUAGAGCUGCCAAAAAUAUAUUUCAUUUACAUACCCAUUACAUAAAGAAAUGUCUGAGACCUUGACAGGCAUGGGUUGUGUGUUAUAUUCUUGACUAAGGUUCAAUCUUCGGAGAUUCAAGUUGGAUUACAUAUUACUCAAGGAACAAGAACACACUGUACUGAUCUGAGACAGCGGCCUCCAAAGUGUCGAAACACGUGAUGUCGCCGACCUUUAAACAGAUCUAUUAUUACUGCAUGACUAUAUCAGACACAGAAGAAUGCCAAGCAAGAAUGAGAGUUUGACGCUAUGGUUAGGAGUACCAGCUGAUAAUUAAUACUGAACUAUCAGUAGUCUAAUUCAUCUGUGUUUAUCUGUUUACCCUGACUAUUAACUGCCUUAUCUGUAUAUCCUGGAUACUGAGCAAGCAUUAAACUCAGCUAAUUAAAAAUGACCUUCUACGUUCCACCAUGUUCAGUUUAGAAAACAAGUGCAUAAACUCUGCGUUUACAACAUUAAUAGACACGUUUUUGAAAGGUUUGGGUCCCUAUCCCCAGCAGACAGCAUCUGAGAAUGAGAAGUCAAGUUCAGUGGCGAUUCAAUGGCGAUUCAAUGGCGAUCUGAGAAUGAGAAGUCGAGUUCAAUUCGUUAAGUUGCAGGCUCUUCCUUCUAAUGAGCCCGUGCAAUUGAGAUGACUCUUACCAGAGGAGAAAGCUGAAGGCAUGUGUUAGAACUGCUGUCUCUGUUGUACUGUAGAGCAGAAGUCUACUUUGUAGGUAAGUACCCCUGUUGGAAGUUCAAAGACGAAACCUACUCACUGGGGGCCUCUAGUGUGAGGAACGGCUCUCCGUUAAAAGAUUAUAUUUAUGGUGGGGCCAAGAAAGUUGCACUUUUUAAGGAAAGUCCCGACCACUCUAUUCAGGCUCGGAAUUUGCAAAGUAGAUUCCACCUCCAUACAACGUACUGGCACUGUGAAGGUUUGGUAAAGUGUUAUGCCAUGUAGCUUGUAACCUGCUGUUCUUUCCGUAUUUGCAUAAACACACUAGUGAGUUGUGAAUUUUCAUUCAUUUAAGUCAGCUACACUACCUGGGACAUAGACCGCUGACAAAGGUACUCCAGUCAUCCCUGUCCUGGGCAUUUCUUUCCAACUGGCUCCAGACAUAGCACAGUGUCUUGAUAUCCGCAACAGGUUUUGUGUGGUCAUCUACUUUUCUGCUUGAUUUGGGGAUUCUUGCAGAGAGCAUGACCCGUACAUCUCUGUCUUCCUCUGUCAGCUGCUGUUCUGUCCGCAACAACUGAUUUUCUCCCCUGAAGGUGUUGGGCCAUUGGAUCGGUAGGAUUCUCCUUAGACAAGGUGUUGAUGAAUGUUUGGAGCUUUUUGGUAGUUGGUAAACUAGAGGACCUUGGUGCAGAGAGUCAGUUCCUUGGAGGUGAUAAAACACUCCCUCUUACCAGGAUAAAUUCUCCAUGGCUAGUCAGGAUACCUAAAUACAGUAUAAUAGCUCCAUUGUGUAUCGUGAAACAGGUCUACCUGGAGUUAGGUUACCUGGACAUGAAAUGCUGGCAGGUCUACCGGGAGUUAGGUUACCUGGACAUGAAAUGCUGGCAGGUCUACCGGGAGUUAGGUUACCUGGACAUUAAAUGCUAGAUGGUAAGUUUUAGCAAGCAAAUUACCUCUGUGGUGAAAGCUGGUUUCUUCCAUCUCAAAUCCAUUUCCAAAUGUAAAACUCUUCUUGUUGCUAGAGACAUGGGAACCAUUAUACACACAUUCAUUACAUCCUAUUUGGAGAAUUGUAACUCCCUCUAACUGCAAUCUGCUGUAGGCUGAAACCAGGACGAGAAAUCGUAUCUUUCCUAUUCUGGCAUCACUUCACUGGCUGCCUGGAAUAUAGAGGAGAAAAUUUAAAACACUGCUUUUCGUCUUUAAAGUCUCACCUUGUUAUAUCUCUAACCUUCUCCAUUGCCAUUCUACUGCCAGGAAACUUAGGUCAGUUACUGAAUCUCUUCUGUCACUCCUUCACUCCUGACUUAAGAAAAAAUGAUCUGUCUGUGUAUUUUUGUUGUUUCAAGUGACCCAAUCCACAUGGGUAUCUGGUUGCAGGACGGUGGAUUUCAGGAUGUGUCUGGUGGAUUGAGAGAGCUUUGGUCCAGAGAGACCAAAAUCUGACGGACCAACCUGGAUGGAACAAAUCUGAUGGACCAUCGGGGGCAUCAGGGUUACUCUCCCACUCCUUCGAAAGGCACAAUCAGAUAUUAACAUGUAGACACAUAAAGACAGCCAAUCAGCCAAUUGCAUCUUUUUUGAACUGCUGCUCAUGUUGUGUCGCGGGCUAGAAAGCGCUAUCGACCAUCUUACGCAUACAUGAACUCGCAAACACCUACGAUUGGCUCGAGUCGCUGUGAUUGACAGAGGAGAGAGAAUAUGUCCAUCCUGAAAGCCCGGGUACUUCUAAACAUCCGAGACUGGGAGACACUACAGCAGUAGAACAGCACACUGCAAAGAAGACUUAUCGUGAUAAGCGAUGCUGCAAAGAAGAGAUAAGAAGACAUUACUAAGUCUGUGCAGUCUGCUAAAACCAUUCCACUACAUGAGCUGAGAACGGCAUAUUUUUAACUAUCUGCAAUAUUUUACUGCUUCUAACCCAGUUGAAGGAGUUGAUAGAUCACCUUUACACUCCAAUCCAACAUCCACAACGUCAUCCAUUUCUACAUAAUACAUCACGUACAGGAUUUUCACAUAAGCCUGCUAACCCAGUCUAUACUGUUGGCCUGCAGAUCCUGUUAAGGCAUACAUUAACACUGCUUAUAGUCCCUAGGAUUUGGCACAACAACAUCUGGUCAAAUUGAUAUCUGAAUGAAUCAUUUAAAAUAUAAAUCUCCAAAAAGCCUGCCGUGAAUUGAAGGAGACAUAUCGUCCUACUGUAUUUCUUCCCCCUUCACAGCACAGAUAAACCUUUGAACAACUGUUGACCUUUAAAGGAUAAUGAGCUAAAGUUUAUAACCACGUGCACGCGCCGUGACACAAGGACAGUGACCUUCACCUCCAAGUUCCCGGUUUGAUCAAAGAACGCAGAUUAUUGUGAUCGGAUCCUGGCUGAUAUAUAAAAAUAGUGUGGGCAGGGUAGCACUGAAUGUAGCAAAACAGUGCCCUGUUGAAGCAGACACUGAAAUCUAGCGCGGUUUUAAUUCAACAGAAACGCUUGUGAGAACUGGAACUCGACCUGCCGAAAGAUGUCCCGCCCGAGCGCAGAUCCCAGAAAGUGCGAGCUCGUACAAUUCCUCACUGAUUAACACUAAUAAUCGUGAUGUCAAGAUAGCUUAUCUUUCCAGGCGAAUAUUUUAACCUCAUGUGCGGUUCGUUUAGAUCUUUUCUAUGCAGUGUUUUGCAUAAGUAUUCACGCCCCCCAACUCGAUUUUAUAUUGUUAAAUCCAGAAACUGAAAUGGACUUAGUUUGGGUUAUACUGUAAGUCAUGAAUUUACACAGAAUAGGCUAUAAUAACGGAGUGUGGCGGGAAAACUUUAGAGCACAAGUCCGAGGCCAUGCUCCCUUCAGGGGAGGUGAGAGUCCCUAUCUCUGGUGGAGGAGUUUAAGUAUUUUGGGUUCUUAUUCGUCAGUGAUGAAAAAAUAGAGUUAGAUUGAUAGAUAGCUCGGUGUUGAAGAUGCUGUACUGGUCCGUGGUGGUGAAACAAGAGCUCAGUUUGUAAACAAAGCUCUCAGUUUAUGCCCCUAUCUACAACUAUUGUUAUGAGCUGUGGGUAAUGAUCACAGGGUUGCUGGGUUUACUCUGUCUGUGAUACAGUAGGUUAAGUAGUUUGGUAAUCUGGGAAUGAAAUUGGACUAUACCCACUGCUAUCUCUAAAUAGAGAGGAGCCAGUUGAGGUGGUUCGGGCAUCUUGCAAGGAUGCUCCCCGGUCAGCUCCUGCUAGUAUCAGGCACUGAUAACAGGAGAGCCCGUUGGGAGACACUGGACCCCCUGGAGAUAAUUCAUCUCACAAUUCACCUGGGAACAUCUGGGGAUCCAUCAAGAGGAGCUGAAAUCUGUGGCCAGGGAUAGAAGGAUAGUGACCAGCCUCUGUGACCACCACUGGGAAAAGCAGAAGGAAAAAUGAAUGAACAAAUCAUGAUAAACCUGUGAAUUAAUUCUGGUUCAAUCCACCAGUAAGUCACAUAAUCAGUCUAAUGGCGUCCACAUGUUCGCAUUGAAAGUGUCACAAAGUGAAUGCACCUAAACAAACAUCGUCAUGAAGACAAAGGACCUAUCAGAACAAAUCUGCGACAAAGUUCUGGGAAAUCAGUUAGGCUGUGGUUAUCAAAUAAAUAAAUAAAUAAAUAAAAAGUAAAAGGAAAGCAUAUCGCAUAUCGCUGUAUAAAACUAGAAGAAAGCGAAGAUAACAAAAGGUUAAACUGGCAACGAAAACUUUUUUUUUUUAUUUCCUGUACGUCUUUCACUCCAUCCUCUUAUCCACCCAUCUCUCAGAGUUCAUACCAGCCCCUUUCUUUUAUUUUUUUUUAAAGUUAAUGUUUAAUUUUUUUUAAAACUGUCUGAUAAGGUUUAUAUACGCUUAACUUGUCGAGUCUCUCAUUCCUCUCUGAUCACACACACGGUGUGUUUUCCAUCCAUAACUACAAAAAUGGAUUUUUUCAAGAUAAACUGCGCACCAUUUAAGAGAUGGCUGAAAGAAAUUGGUUCAUGGCUAUGGAGAUACCGUAACUACUUGAUCAUCUACGUCACUCCUUUCCUGAUCCUUCCACUGCCACUGAUGUAUCCUUCAUCGGAAGCUAAUUGUGGCUAUGUUAUCAUCCUGAUGGCACUGUACUGGUGUACAGAGUGUAUACCGCUGGCAGUCACUGCAUUGUUGCCAGUCAUACUUUUCCCAUUUCUGGGCAUCAUGAGAUCCGAAAAGGUGUGCGUGUUGUACCUGAAAGACUCAAACAUGCUCUUCAUUGGUGGUUUGGUGGUGGCCAUAGCGGUAGAACAAUGGAACUUACACAAGCGUAUCGCCCUGAGCGUCCUGCUGAUAGUUGGUGUUCGACCUGCUCUGUUGAUGUUAGGGUUCAUGAGUGUAACAGCUUUCCUCUCAAUGUGGAUCAGUAACACUGCUACUACCGCCAUGAUGCUGCCCAUCGCCCAGGCCGUGCUGGAGCAGCUCAGUAAAACAGAAGCCGAGAGAGACGACAGAGAGCUGAAAGAAGGCAGAGACAACCAGGCUUUCGAGAUGGCUGAAGUCACCACCUCCAAAAUUUCCUAUGAGACCGAAAACCAAUACGAGAUCUCAGUUCCAGAGCACACCGUGGACCCAGUAGCAGAGCAGAAAAGGAAGGCUCGGGAACAGAAGUAUCUCUGGCUGAAUAAAGGGAUGAGCUUGAGCGUGUGCUACUCUGCCAGCAUCGGGGGAACAGCCACCCUUACAGGCACCACGCCAAACCUUAUCCUCAAAGGCCAGAUGGAUAGCCUCUACCAAGAUAACCCAAAUGUGAUCAACUUCGCCAGCUGGUUUGGCUUUGCGUUUCCCAACAUGGUGUUGAUGUUGCUUUUGGCCUGGCUGUGGCUGCAGUGUAUGUAUUUGGGUCUGAAUUUUAAGAAGACAUUUGGCUGUGGGUUGAAAAACGAUGACCAGGAGGCCAACAAUGUGAUGAAGCAGGAAUAUAAGAAACUGGGCAGAAUGAAAUUCGGUGAAGGUGCUGUGCUUGCGAUUUUUGUGGUGUUGGUGGUGAUGUGGUUCAGCAGAGAACCAGGAUUCAUGCCAGGCUGGGCUUCUUCCUUUAACCAAAGUGAAGAGUAUGUUACUGACGGCACGGUAGCCAUUCUUAUAUCCACUCUGUUCUUCCUCAUCCCAUCUCAAAUACCACUGAGAUUCUGUGGGAGUAAGCAAGAGGAGCAUGAAGGAACAGGAGAAGGAGAUAACACAGUGCAGCUGAGACAGAAGAAGUCCAAGGCUCCGUCGACUCUGCUCAACUGGGCGGCGGUGCACGAGCGGAUGCCCUGGAACAUUGUCCUGCUCCUUGGAGGUGGAUAUGCCUUGGCUAGUGGUAGUGAGGUGUCUGGGCUGUCAGACUGGCUGGGUAAAAAUCUUGCCCCGCUUCAGAGCAUCCCGCCAUUUGCCAUCUCAAUAUUGCUGUGUCUGCUGGUGGGAAUGUUCACAGAGUGCUCCAGCAACACGGCCACAACAACACUCUUCCUCCCCAUUCUCGCUUCUAUGGCCUCAACUAUAAAGCUCCAUCCCCUGUAUGUCAUGCUGCCCUGCACCAUCAGUGCCUCCAUGGCCUUCAUGCUCCCAGUGGCCACUCCACCCAACGCCAUUGCGUUCUCAUAUGGCACCCUCAAAGUCCUCGACAUGGCAAAGGCUGGCUUCGUGCUAAAUUUAAUUGGCAUCCUGUGCAUCAACUUGGCAAUUAACACGUGGGGAACACUCAUGUUCAAGCUCGACACCUUCCCCCUAUGGGCCAACGCUACAAGUAAAGCACCAUAAAAGAACUUUGCAGAAGAGCAAAAGAAUGAUGAGAAGGCAGUUGGAGGAGAGCAAAAAGGGAGGAAGAUGCAUGCCCCCCCCCAAAAAAAGAGGGUAAAUGCAUUAUGUAACAGAACUCUCAGAAGCUGUUCAACUGGCCUGAGCAAUACUGAACAAAUAUUCACAAGCAUGACCUUCUACCUAUAUUUGUAUUUAUUCAUUCAUUCAUUUUUUUUUACACACCAUAGGUGAAUUUACUCUAUGAAGUGAUGAGAAAGAAGUUUGCGUUCAGUAUUUCAGUAUAACGUGCUGUAUUUAAGGCUUUUAUUUAGGGCCAUCUAUCUGCUACUGUAUACAGGCGCAUCUCAAAAAAUUAGAAUAUCGUGGAAAAGUUCAUUUGUUUCCGUAACUUGAUUCAAAAAGUGGAACUUUCAUGUAUUCUAGAUUCAUUACACAUAAAGUGAAAUAUUUCAAGACUUUUUUUGUUUGUUUGUUUUAAUCGCGAUGAUGACGGCUUACGGCUCAUGGAAAUAAAAAAUCCAGCAUCUCAAAAUAUUAGAAUAAGGAAUUUAUAAUGCAGAAAUGUCAACCUUGUGAACAGGGUGUUAAUUUAUGCACUCGAUACUCGUCGGGGAUUUAAUCCUUUUGUAUGAAUUACUGCAUCGAUGCGGCGUGGCAUGGAGGCGAUCAGCGUGUGGCGCUGCUGAGGUGUUCUGGAAGUCCAGGUCGCUUUGAGAGCGGCCUUCAGCUCGUCUGUAUUGUCGGGUCUGGUGUCUCUCGUAGAUUCUCUAUGGGGUUCGGGUCAGGCGAGUCGGCUGGGCGAUCGAGCACGGUAAUACCACGGACAGUAAACCGGUUACUAGUAGUUUUGGCACCGUGGGAGGUGCCGAGUCCUGCUGGAAAAGUGAUCUAAAAUCUCCUGGUAGACGCUGCAUCGAAUCUCGACUUGAGAAAACACACUGGACCGACACCAGCGUGUGACAUGAAACCCCAAAUCUUCACUGACUGUGGAAACUUCACACUGGACUUCAAGCAGCUCGGAUUCUGUUCCUCUCCACUCUUCCUCCAGACUCUGGAACCUUGAUUUCCAAAUGAAACGCAACAUUUUACUUUCAUCUUCCACGUGAUUGUGCUUGUGUACUGAACGAGACUGAGAUUAAAGCCUCAGGAAACCUUUGCAGGUGUUCUGAGUUAAUUAUCUGAUUAGAGUCUUCUCAGGUCGACAUUUCUGUAUUAUAAAUUCUUUAUUCGAAUAUGUUGAGAUACUGGAUUUUUAAUUUCCAUGAGCCGUAAUCAUCGAGAUUAAAACAAAAAAAACGCUCGAAAUAUUUCACUUUAUGUGUAACGAACCUAGAAUAUAUGAACGUUCCACUUUUUGAAUUUAAUUACGAAAAAAAGAACUUUUAAACGAUAUAAAUUUUUUUUUUUUUUUUUUUUUUUUUUUGCAGAUGCACCUGUGUGUACAAUUUAAUUUUUGUAUGUGUGUGUGUUUUUUUUUUGUUUUUUUUUUAACUUUUGGAAAUUUUUCAUGGGUGGUUCAGCACCUGUAAAUUCAUGUCUAACCAAGAAAUGUGUGAACAAAACUGCGUGUCUAUGUCUAUGUGGAUCAAACUGGAGAGAAGGGUAUUAGCGAUACUUCACAGUGCUGUAAGGCAGAAAGCUCCUAGCUCAAAGGGUGCAAUGGAAAGCUUCACAACUAUCAAGGGAAGCAUGGGAUGUCUUUCGCCAAAUUAAUAAUACUGCAGUGUGAGACAGAGGGGAAAUGUAGUGGGAAGUAGCACAAAAAAAAAUGUGAAACAAUAAAAAACUGUAAAAUAAAGUUCUAUUCAUAUUUACAUUAAAACGAUGUAGAUUUUUUUGGUGGACAAGCAGCAAAAAUACAGCAAAUAUUGUCCAAUCAUCACCAAAUUUGGCACACACCAUCUUCAGAGUAUGUCUCACAAAAGUUAUCAAAAUAAUUUUGAAUACUCCAAAUGGAUUGUCCGUAAUGGGCCAACGAAUUUGACAGCAAAGCUGCCAAACAGGAAGUGAAGCUGUACUGUAUCUUAGCCAUGACUUUGCAGUACUGACACAAAAUUUGGUAGGCAUUCAAGACCAUGACCUCUGGCUAUGCAACAAAUUUCUUGUCAGCACCACCUACUGGUCAAAAGACACAAUAACAUUCCUAAAAUGC